GGAAAGGGGCGUGGUUUCCAGCCUACCGUGCACCAAUUUAUGAAUGGCGGGAGCUGUGGACGAUCUGAAUCGACGAGCAUCACAGAUCAAGUACGUGUGGACUGUUUAGAUCGUGCACCUAAAGUACCUAUAAGUCAAACAUGGAACAGAGCUUUGGUCUGGAAGAGUGCGAAAACAUCAGCAUGAUGAACAAUGCUGGUUCCAUCACCGAGGAGGGCCCUCACCUCAGCGACUGGGAAGACACCUCCAGCUCCAUAUACACAGAGGAUAAAGAAGAUGAGGAUGGAAGAAGAUGUGAAAAUAGUGCCAUUUUGAGUAAAUACCCAGUGGAAAGCACUUUUUCUGGUGAUGGUCUCCAUAGCAAACUCAAAACACCAGUACAAUCCACUACUAAAGUGUCCUCUCAUGCUACAAAUGACUUACUAUGUACUGUGGAUAACCUAGGCGUCGUCAAGUCGAAUGAAGAUAAUGACUCUAAUAUUAACUCACAGAACUCACAAAACAAGAAUGAAUAUGGUAGCGCUGCUCCUAGUAAAUCUAUCUAUAUUGAUGAUGGAACUGACUGUGCUGAGAAACCUGUAUGUAAAGUGAAGACCAAGCCCAAGAGAUUGACAAUGGCACAACAAGCCACCAAAGAAUCACUCGCCUUAUUCGGAGGGUGUUCUCUGUCCUCCAUCCCGGUGAGGAAGAUUGAUCUGCGCACUGAAUUGGAUGCAGAAACAGUGAAAAAGAAGAGAGCACUACAGCAGGACGACGAGACUAUGGUUGGCAAGGAACCUCCUCCCAGCAAGAGGCCAAGGACCAGGCUGCAGGCUGCCAGACAGGAAACAGAGUUCACUUUUAAAGAUAUCUCAUUGUCUGACGGAAAAAGAAAUUACACUACAGUUCAGAAACUAAAAGCGAACCAAUUUCGUCGCUCUAAUAUGUCAAAGGUCAAAACCAGACAACCAACCAGAGUGGACAAGGCGAGGAUAGAAGCAAUGGAUUCAUUCGGAGGGGUCGGUUUGGAUUCCUUACCAGUAAAGGCUACCAGUAAUAGUCAGGACACCUCAGAAGCCACUAAUGGUCCUGGAAGACGGCUCACAAGAGUCGAGCGUGCACGACUAGAGACACUGGAGGCAUUCGGGGGUGGCGGUCUACAAGACGUCAUGACAACUGCUAUAAAAAGGAUUGCUUGUACUCUCAAGGAGAAAGACAAAAAUCAAGAAAAGUCUGGAAAAGAAAAAGGAGAUAAAGAGAAUUUUGGGAAAAGUUCAGAGCACGAUCCUGUAGCAGUCAAUGACAAUGAGUAACUGCAUGUACUGUACGAUUCACUAAAAUUAUUCACUCUGUUUGAUUAUGAUCCCACGUACUGUGUCUGUGUCUACAUGUAUGUGUGUGUGUGUGCGUGUGUUUUUUUUCACUUCUCAUCCAUCUGCUACUUGUCUUCCCUGCAUGUAUAUAUAAUUAUGUAUGUAUGAUAUAAUUAAGUUCAUUCUCAUAAUUAUUUGGCUGUCAACUUGUA